AUGCCAUUCCUUAAAAGAACUUUUCAAAAUCCAUCACGUUCGGCCCUGCUGGACGCUCAGUCGAAGAAAUGUGGGACACGUGCGACCGUUUUCUCCGUCAAUGGAGACCAAUACACCGGGGAGUGGCUCGACAACAAAAAACAUGGAAAGGGCACUCAGGUGUGGAAGUCCGGGAAUAUUUACAACGGUGACUGGAAGGCGGGAAAUUGUGACGGAUACGGCACCUUUAGUGUUCUUCAACGCAACACAAAGACAUAUGCAAAGAAGUAUUGCGGCGAAUGGAAAAAUGGGAUGAAGCAUGGCCACGGUGUAUACUUGUACAACAGUUCUUCAGUGUAUGAGGGUCAAUGGAAUGAGAACCAUCGAAGCGGUUGGGGAAGAAUGCUCUUUAACAGCGGAGACAUUUACGAGGGAGAGUGGAAAAAUGAUAAAGAGCACGGUUUUGGUAUCCUUCAUUAUGCAAACGGGAAUCUGUACGAAGGGUCCUGGAGGUACGGCGCGAAAGAUGGGAACGGAAAGUUGUACUACCGUGACAAAGCGCAACAGUAUCAAGGUCUCUGGGUGCGAGGGGAACCCAAAUGCGGGACUUUGGAGGACUUGGGAGAACAUGGGGCGCAACCGGCAAAGUGUCCAAUUCCACAGAACAAACUCAUGGAUAUGCAAAAAGUUCUUCAAGAGGCCAAGCUGGCUCAUCUCAAUCGCUGA